AUGUCGUUCGAGAGCGUCAUGCCGCCGUACAACGCCACGGACCCGUCGGCCUCCUUCCUCAACUCCUCUUGCCUAGACUUCCUGCUCAUCGAGCUGGUACCCCUAGCCUUCCGCGUGACGAGGGAGCUCGAUGCGGUGCCGGCAGGCGACGCGGCGAGCGGUACGGGCGCAGAUGCGCUUUCCAGUGCCGGCGGUGGUGCGUCGGCGGACGCGUUGUCGUCUGUGAGCCAUAGCCAGGGCGGAGGUGCAGCCGGUGGCAGUGCCGGUGGCCUUGCGCCGUCGAGCGCUGGGGGCGCGACGGGGGACGGCACAGCGCGGAAGAUGGACGAGGACGAGGAGCGGGAUGCCGUCUUCUACCGGCUUGAGACGUUAGGGUAUCGUGUCGGGCAGGGCCUUGUGGAGAGAUUCUCAAGAGACCGGCCGCGGUUCAACGACACGCUCGACGUCAUCAAGUUCGUCUGCAAGGACCUCUGGUCACUGGUGUUUAGGAAACAGGUGGACAACCUCAAGACGAAUCACAGGGGCGUCUACGUGCUGACGGACAACUCGUUCAAGCCGUUCUCGAGAAUGAGCACAGAAACCGGCGGACAGGCCGUUGUACGGGCACAACCGUUCCUCUGGUUCCCCUGCGGAAUCGUGCGCGGAGCCCUGGCGGCGUUAGGGAUCAACGCCACCGUCCAGGCCGAGACGAACGAGCUGCCGGCCGCCAUCUUUCAGAUCAAGACACUGCCGUCGAGUACAUAA